CGAAAUGGAUGAUGGAAGUCCACCGACUACGAAACGUGACAAAUACUAAAUAGUCUGUGUUUGUCGGGUUUUACCUCCAGGAUAAUACGCCAUGCUCUGAGCACGUUGAGGGAGGGAGUCCCUUGUGGUAAUAGACACUUUGUUAUGGUGUGAAAAGCACCACUACUACUGUUGCCACGCUUCGGGCGCAGUGGCAUGGUGAUCCCCUGGUUCCCUCAAUUCCCUGAUGUGUCAGCCAAAGUCCAUGCCAGGAGGGUGUGAGAUGGCACUUGAUGGCCUCCAAUGGAGCUGAAGACAAGUUGAAUACAAGGGCCUCCUGCUCCCGGUCAUCAACUCUCAUUAUUCGAGCCAAGUCAGCAGUGUUUCAUACUGCUGACAGUCCCACUAGGCCCUUCAGCUCGCAUGAGAAGAAGACCCUUAAAUCCUGUGCCAGUGUACCCCGGGUCACCAGUGACUCUAUAGGUCAGCUGAAUGCGAGGGUGGGUCAGACUCAGAACAACCACCUCCAUACUGCCUCAGGGACCCCUCUACAACGUGCCUACAGCCGUUCUGUGCCUGCUGCCACUUACCUAGCUAACAAGCCACAGCGUCCUGGUAGCGCAGCUGCUAAUUUAGCUAAUGGUCAUAGUAAUGGUCACUGUCAACCAACUGUUCUCUCUAAGAGUACACAGAUAUCUAGUGCUGACAUUAUCUCAUACAGACAUAACCCUGGUGUGUUAGAGCCAACCGUAAAUAGCUAUCGGCCCAGCUGCAACUUGGAAUCACUCAAUUUAAGAUCACGGAUCCUGGCCCGAAAAAGAGCCUUGUCGCCCCAGCCUGCUCCCUAUCCAACGUGCCCCUGUCCACCAAAGGCAGAACGUGUCCCAGACUCGCAGAACAACACUGCUUCACAGCCUGCUGAAAGCACCACCACCACCAGCAUGCCCACCAACCAGUCAGUCCCCUGGACCAGUGGCAAGCUGAGAGACAAUAGCAAAGGGUUUAUGAGGCCCACUAUGGGUAAAGUGCCUUCCUGUCCCAGACAGGAGACUACCCAGACAAGAGACUCAGCAAAACCUUUGUCUCCCCAGACCAAAUCGGCCUCCUAUUGCCGUAGCGGGGACAAUGGGGAUGGCAAAACCCAGACUAAGUUCACACACCACCCCCCCAACACUGUGCCUUUGCAGGAUAGGUCAUCCCACCACCAGGAUGUGUCACUGGAUCAGACAUGGAGGCUCCAGGACCCGCAUCAGUUUGGGAGCCUGAUGGCAGCAGACAUGGAGGGUCACUCCCAGAAGCUAGGCUUUUGUGCUGCUGUCCAUGGGGCUCCUGGAGCUCCUCAUAACACAUCAACAGAGAGGAUCAGGAAGGUCAACUCUGAGGUGGAGUUUACUGAGGCUGUGAGGAAGCUGACCCAGUCACGGAGCGCACUCACCCCUCAUCCCAGGAACGGGACUGUUAAUAGUUUUACUACUGGAAAACCAGGUUCCAACGUGGAUCCAGUCCAGAUUGGCAAAGCAAUGACUAAUAGCCCUGUCAUCUCUGUCAGCCACAGCCCUGCUCCAGCCAAACCCUCUGUACCACUCUGCCUUACUAUGAGAGACCAGCCUGUGUCCAUGGAGACCUCCAGUGCCUCUGGCCUCGACAGUAACACCACAACAAACAGUAGUAGCACAACAGCCUCCAUGGCACCUCUACCCCAUGCAGGGAUAACUCCAACACAGUCCUCUACCCAGGCCAGUGCCACAGCUAUUUCUACUGCAGGGACAACUCCGACCCAGCCCUAUACCCAGGCCACUGCCACAGCUAGUUCUGGUGCAGGGAUAACUCCAACCCAGUCCUAUACCCAGGACAGUGCCACAGCUAGUUCUGGUGCUAGUUCCAUCCCAGAGAACACUGAGAUGGGUUCUGAGUCCGCCUCAGAUACUUCUCAGAGUCAGAGGCCUUCUGUCACCUCGGUGACCACCCAGAUAUCAGCCAUACACCUGACCAAGGAGAGGAGCGUCCUGUCUCUACAGGGGGGCUACAGCUCCUCCCGGUCCCCCCCUGGCCUGGGGGAGGAACAACGGGCUGAGUCACCUCAGCUCUCCAGUCCACAGAGUGUUGCCAUGCAGGAGGAUGGAGACAGAGAGGAAGAGGACUAUCCUGAUGAUGAGCUGGAGAAUGACUGCAGUGGUGGUGAUGAUGAUGAUGAUGAUGAUGAAGGGUCUGACUGCUCCUCUAUGAAUGAUGCCUCGUCCACAGCCUCCAUACCCGUCCUGCCAAAUAUAACGGAUGAGGAGCUGAUGAGCCCUGAAUUAGAGGAUGAGGGGGAGCUGAAGCCAGCUCUGGUCCCCAGCAUGUUCCCCCUCAUUCCCCCUACACUGUAUUUCAGCACUGCCAACCAGAGAGUGGAGCCCCUGCCACCAGAACAGAGGAAGCUGCUCAAAUGGAAGAUGAGCACUGUGACUCCCAACAUAGUCAAACACACCAUCGCCAGGUCACACUUUAAAGUCACCAAGAAAAGUCAUGAUUGGCUUGGCUGCUGGGGUCACCAUAUGAAGUCUCCUGGGUUCAAGGCCAUCAGGGAAUACCAGAAGUUAAACCACUUCCCCGGCUCGUUCCAGAUCGGUCGUAAGGACCGUCUGUGGAGGAACCUGUCUAAGAUGCAGGCUCAAUUUGGUAAGAGGGAAUUCAGCUUCUUCCCUCGCUCCUUCGUUCUUCCUCAGGACAUCAAGCUACUGAGGAAAGCCUGGGAGGACAGUGGUAGCAGGCAGAAAUGGAUCAUCAAGCCGCCUGCGUCUGCUCGGGGUAUUGGAAUCCAGGUUAUUCACAAGUGGAGUCAGAUGCCAUGCAAGAGACCACUCCUGGUUCAGAAGUAUCUGCACAAGCCGUAUCUCAUCAGUGGGAAUAAGUUUGACCUGCGUAUCUAUGUCUAUGUGGCAUGUUACGACCCGCUCCGCGUUUACAUCUUCCAGGACGGACUUGUCCGCUUCGCCAGCUGCAAGUACUCGUCGUCUAUGAAAAGCCUUGGCAACAAGUUCAUGCACCUGACCAACUACAGCGUGAACAAGAGGAACUCAGACUAUCAGAACAAUGACAGUGACAAGGCCUGCCAGGGACACAAGUGGGCUCUGAAGGCGCUGUGGCACUACCUGGGUUGUAAGGGAGUCAACACCACGCUGAUCUGGGAGAAGAUCAAGGACAUCGUCAUGAAAACCAUCAUUGCGUCUGACCCGUAUGUCAACACGCUGGUCAAGCUUCACCUGCGUUCCCCCUACAGCUGUCACGAGCUGUUUGGCUUUGACGUCAUGCUGGAUGAGAACCUCAAGCCUUGGGUUCUGGAGGUCAACAUCUCACCAAGCCUCCACUCCAGCACUGCUCUGGAUGUGGCCAUUAAGGGCCAGAUGAUCAGAGAUGUGUUGAACCUGGCAGGUUUCCUUCUGCCUCAGAGAGAAGAGGUGCUUCCCUCCGCCAGCAGCUCUGCCAGCAGUCUGUGUGGAGGGACACGGGAGAGAUCCAGACCUGAGAUUUCAACUGAUGAGAAAGUCAAGCGGGCCUUCUACCUGAGCCAGCGCUUCGCAGAUCAGGACUUCUUCUCCUCCAUCCUGGACGUUCUGACUCCAGAGGACGUACGUGUCCUGGCUGAGACGGAGGACGAGCUGAGCAGGAAGGGAGAGUUUGAACGAGUCUUCCCCUCCCACUGCUCCUCACGAUACCUGCGCUUCUUCAAACAACCACGCUACCUCAACAUCCUGCUCAACCAGUGGGAGACGAAGUACGGACAGAACAGGAGAGAAGGAAUCUGUGUGCUGAGGAGUCUGUGUCAGAAAGGAGUCCAUCUAGGAACCACCGACCCUGCACAUCUAUGGUCCAAGUCGACCUACGUUCCCAAGUCUGAUCACCCCAGGCAGGAGCCACGCAGAUCGAGUGUGGUGGUGAGUCACAGAACCAGGCCCCAGCCAGACCAGGAGGAGUACUGUUUCUCCCAGGAGGUCACCACCUCCCUCCUGGGCUCCUCCAGCCUGGCCACCGAGUCUACAGCCAGUGUGCCACCCAGAGAUGAGGAGUUCGAGGGUUAACCGUCUCUCACUGCACCCUAACACUGUUGACUUCUUAAAGAAGGCAUAAUGCCCCGUUUGGGCAGGGGAUGUGAACGCCGUAGGUGUGAUGGAGGGUCAACAUGAACACCUUUCUCUCUCUCUCUCUCCAUACAUAUUCCUCUUUUCACUACUAUUGUCUGAACUGGAGAGGGACAAACAGCUGUGGUUUUUUCAUAUGUGGAGUGUUAGUCCUGGAUAAGGGGGAGGGGCUUCUCUGGACCGGGUGGACAGACAGCAGCUUUGGCCAAUCGGCCGAGGAGAAAAUCCAAGGCUGCUCUGCCUACUUAGAGCCAGUCCAAUCAGAUUCCACUCCUAGGUGUGUUUACAUCAAAUAUAAAUCAACAUUUAUUGGUACACAAAUUUUGUUAUUGCAGGUGCAGUGAAAUGCUUGUUUCUAGCAUUUCAGGCUUGUUACUAUGGGAUGGGUAACUGCAUUUCAGGCUUGUUACUAUGGGAUGGGUAACUGCAUUUCAGGCUUGUUACUAUGGGAUGGGUAACUGCAUUUCAGGCUUGUUACUAUGGGAUGGGUAACUGCAUUUCAGGCUUGUUACUAUGGGAUGGGUAACUGCAUUUCAGGCUUGUUACUAUGGGAUGGGUAACUGCAUUUCAGGCUUGUUACUAUGGGAUGGAUGGGUAGAUAUAACUGCAUUUCAG